GUCGUGUGACCAUCGUGACGUCAGGACGUUUUGACGCAGCCUGGCUGUGUCCGAGCUCCUCUCACUGUAAUUUCCUUCAGACUGGAUUUGGAAGAUUCGCACCCGCGUUGUGAAUGACAGUCGGCGCGGGGCAGAGAGAGACACCUUUCAUGCAGCGGGACCCUUCGGACAAUCGACUCCAUGGAGGUCGUGGACAGUUCGCUCAACCUCGCUCAUCAGCAGUGCAGGAAGGCAGACCGUUUGGUAUCGGCAGGAAAGUAUGAAGAGGCUAUAUCCUGCCAUGGAAAAGCAGCAGAUCAUUUAACAGAUGCAAUGAAGACAACAGAGUGUGAGCAGGCUCAUCUGUCCAUGGAGCUUCAGAGGGACAGUCAUAUCAAACAGCAGCGACUGAUCCAAGAGCGCUGGAAGAGAGAAGCUCGCCGUGAGGCAACGAAGGCCCGAACAGGCCUGGUGCAGCCCUCCAGCAGCGCUGCCCUUCAUACCCAAGCCCAGCCUGCAGGCCAGCCCCAAGGCUCCGAAGGUCUUUCAGCAGCAGAGUGUGAAGGAAUCAGGGAUAGGGAGUAUGACACCUUACUCUACCAGCUUCAGACUCGGCAGACUGGGGGCUGCCAGCCUUUGACUCCACCGUGCCCCGGCUCUAAGACCACUAAAGAUGAUAAAACUCGCCUGGAAGAACAACAGACCACCAUCAAGGACUUGCGGGGCGUGGUCGAGCACGUGAUGGAAGAAAACCAACGCCUGGUGGCCGAGAACGAUCGGCUGCGAUCAGAAAAUACCCGGCUGAGAGCCGAGGCAGCAGACUUUGUGGAGCGCUCCGAGCUCUGGGUGCUACCGCAUGCGGGCGGUGCUAUGGGAACAGGGGGUGGGCAGGAGAGGAAAAGCACAGGUAAGGGGAAGGAGAUUGCAAUCCCCCAGCUGCCACCGCUGGAGAUGCCUGCUCAGGAAGACCUGUGUCUGGAUGACCUGCCUCCACUGGAGCUGCCAGAGGACAUCCAGAAUGAACUGAAAGAGCUACUGGAUAGAGAUAAACUGUGAUGACACACACACAGUCAUUAUCACCAGGGUUCAAUCACUAUGACUUUUGACUUCAGAUGUGUUUGACAUGAGAGUCAUGAUCAGACCUCUGCCGAGUGCUGAGAAGAAUCAGGCACAUGGAGUUGUUCCAAUAAUACAACUCAGUCAAAAGUAAAGGCUUAGUUCACCCACAGAGUCAGUUGAAACAUCAGUGAGGUUGUGAGUCAGUAAGGCGUCCAGUGGUCUUUGUACCAUCUGAAGAUGUCAGGAACAUGUUUUUCAGAUGCAUGUGAAAGGUCAUUCUUGGCUUUAAAAAUGUAAUUUGACAAAAUAAAUCUCAAUUAAUGAAACAUCCACCUCCCAACUUUUUUUUCAGAGCAUUGAAGCAUAUGUCACAGAUGUUUCUGUCAGUUGAUGACAACUGAGCAGAGACUAGAGACGUGACUAAUUGGGUAUUUUAUUGUGAAUAUGUGGAAUUAUCUUGUCUGGAAAAAAGCCAUAACAUGAGUGUUCUAAUGCUACAUGAUGGUGGUUGUUAACCAUUGGUCAAUCAUUAACAUAACAUUUUGGACUUUGUGUCAGUAUAGUAGUGAAUACAUUAUCCUUUUAUGUAUGAGUGAGAGAGAUGUUGACAUGAGUUAUUGACUACAAAGGUGCAGGCUUCAGUGUCACUUGGUUAUAUCCAGCCGAUGACUUUAAGUUGAAAUUAUUAGUAGUGGACUAUUUAGUAUAAUGAAAAUUAAGUAAUGACCUUUGGUUUGUCUUGAUAUUACGUGGAUGGAUAGUUAAUUGUUUGUGUCAAUUCAAAUGUCAAUGUGAUGUUGAGUCACUUUUUGACUAUUUGCAACAGAAGUUGUUUUUGUUUGCCUCUUUACAGGAAAGAAAGAAGAAAAAAAGAUCAGUUUGAAGUUAUAAAUUCUGUAAAGUGGGAAAGUGCCUAUCUCCCUGUGUUUAUAAUUGUCUGACAUCAGUGGUGUCUAGAUAUCGUGAGAAUGUUUUUCCAGGAGAUAAUAAUGGACCCUGGGAUUCAGAAAACUUGUCUGUGCUUUGGUUGGUACAUGUUCCUGUGAUCGUCAGUUAUCACAGAGAAGUUUGGACUGACUUCACUCUCACUGCAUGUUACACAAACUCAAAUGUUGAUAUGUGGAUGAACUGCUCCUUUAACAGUAUCAUCAGAAGUGCUCAGCUCUAUCUCGGGAACUUAUUUACAGUUGUAUUGGUCUGACCCUAACACACACACACACACACAGGCAGAUCAGGAUUACAUGUGCUGGGUUCAGUCACAGUAAGCAUAUUGCUGUUGAUAAAAAACUACAUUGCUGCCUUUUAUAUUUUACUUUAUCAGAUUUAAAUUAAAGGCUUUGAUGAGUUUAA